CUCGAUGAACAGCCUCUUCAUCUUGGCUCUCUUUGUCAUUCUACUCGUACCAUCAAUCACAACGACGAUAGGCAGCGUCGGUGUCUACAGCUUUUCAGUUCUGCUGAAGAGGCGCUUGUCAAGCCCCAACUGGGCUCGAACUUUUCUCUCGAUGAGUGCUAGUAGUAGCAACAAUGCCAAUGACAGUGAUACAUGUAGUAGUCCGGUUGUGAAGAGGCGGACCAGUCCACGCAAGAGGACACCCGUAGCUUCUGUUGAGGAUUCCUCCUUGUUGGCAAAGAAAUCCAAAACCAAGGCUACUGAAGCUACCGAACCUUCUUCUUGCUCGGAUUCGAGUUCAAGAGGACUUUAUCAGCAAUGGAUCUCGCACAAUGACGCCGCAUUCCAUCAUUUUACACCCGAGGAAGCUGUCCAAAUUCGACAAGCUCUACUCGCAUGGUACCGACAACACCGCCGCAAACUACCGUGGCGUGGAGAUGCACCACCCUUUGAUGGAUCCACCAGCAACACUAACACAAAGAAAGAUUCGGCUACAUAUAAUCAAAAUGCCACACAAAUUCCGCCAACGCCAUAUGGCGUAUGGGUCAGUGAAAUCAUGCUGCAACAAACACGCGUCGAAGCCGUCAUUCCCUAUUGGAUUCAAUGGAUGGAAUCCUUUCCCACCAUUGAAGCAUUAGCCGACGCCACGGAGGAACAAGUCAAUGCCCAUUGGGCCGGAUUGGGGUUUUACCGCAGAGGACGAAUGCUCCAUCAGGCGGCGCAAUAUCUCGUUGCAAACAACAACAAUGACAACCAACCAGUACAGCUCCCACAGACAGUGGCCGAACUACAAAAAAUACCGGGAAUUGGUCGGUACACGGCCAGUGCGAUUGCGUCCAUUGCCUUUUCCCGCCAAGUGCCCGUCGUCGAUGGCAAUGUGUGUCGUGUCCUGUGUCGAUUAAAAGGAAUUGCCAAUCACAUCAAGGCACCCAUUCUCAAGGAUAAAUUGGGAUGGGAAUUGGCACAACAGCUCGUGGAAGGCAGCAGCAAUGGUGAUGCCGGAGAAAUCAAUCAGGCACUCAUGGAACUGGGAGCCACCUAUUGUGCGCCCUCGGGAACGGGCAUCGAGCCAGGAGAUCCCUUGAUUGAAUUCUAUCUGUCCACCAAACUGGGCGAGGCAUUCUUGUACGAGCAACAACAACAAAACAACAACAACAAGGACGUGACAAUAAUCCCCAACAAGAACAACAGCAAAAAGAAAGCCUGUCCCCUCUGCCAUGAAAUGGGGGUCUCGGAUGUGGUACAACAAUUGGCCGCUUCCAUGGAGGCCGAGGACGUCACAACGGUGGACGCGGCUCGUCGCUGUGGUCAUGCGGCAUUUCCAACUCCUCCACCCAAGCUGUCCAAACGAGAAGAAGUUCUAGCCGUGGCAGCCAUCCAAAAAGCCACAUCAAAGGAUGAAACCUAUUGGCUGUUGGUCAAACGUCCCAAGAAGGGUCUCCUAGCUGGUCAGUGGGAGUUUCCAUCCGCUAGUGUUUGGAACAGUAGUAGUAGUGACGACCACAAGAAGAAAAAGACCAAGCAGCAACCUGCCAAGGCGAAAAAGGAGGUGCCAUCCAUUGCAACGAACGUCAGGCGCAAGGCGCUCAAGACCUUGUUGGCUGAUCUUGUGGACGACACGGCAUUUCAUGGACUGGAGCAACAGAAAUUGGCAACUUUGAAGGGUGCUCCGCUGGAACACGUCUUUAGUCACGUCCGACAUACCAUGUACAUUGAAUACACCACUCUCAAUAAUAAGCAGGAGAAGGUCGACUCUACGAGUUGGACAACGUCGUCGGGAAAGGAAUGUCGUUGGAUGCGAAACGAGGACAUGGCAGAAGCAGGUGUCACAUCCGGGGUCAAGAAGAUUCUAAAGGCCGUCACAGCGGAACAAACCAAGACACAAAAGAAGGAAAGCUUCUUUCAGCCACGGAAACGGAAAAAGUAAAACACUCACAUUAGCUCAGAGUUCUUUGCCUGCUUGGCUAGCUAGUUAGCAAUGUCAUAAGUCUUUGUUGAGUUCAGGUAU